AUGCAAUAUGUUAGCAAUAUAAAAGCGACAUGGGGUAUCACAGGUUGCACAAUUAUGUCUAAUUCUUGGACUGACAUAAAGAAGAGGUCAUGGGUUAAUGUGAUUGCGUACUCUCCUGGGGGUGCUGUGUUUUUUAAAUGUAUUGAGUGCGGUAUAAAUAGAUUAACUUCCACAUUUCUUUUCAAUGAAAUUUAUGAUGUCAUUGAAAAAGUUGGACCAAACAAUGUUGUGCAAUUUAUUUCAGAUAAUGGUUCUAACUUUUGUUCUUGUGGUGAUAUGUUGUCUGGAAAAUGGCGUCAUAUAUAUAGAACAAAUUGUGCUGCUCAUGGGAUUAAUCUGCUUUUGAAAGAUAUUCACAAAAAAGUUAAAUGGGUGAGAGAAGUUAUAAAAGAUGGAAAACUUGUAGUGGAUUAUAUUCACAGGCACACAGGUAUUGUAGCAUUGAUGAGAAAAUUCACCAACAAUAGAGAUAUCAAGCAACCUUGCAAGACAAGGUUUGGUACUUAUUUUUUUAUGCUGCAGUCUCUUAUUAUUGUUGAGAAUGAGUUGAGGCUUUUUGUUGCAUCAUCUGAGUGGAGAGCCUUUCAAUUCAAUAGAGCUGAAAUGGCAGUGAGAACUGUUAGAAUAAUUCAAUCAGAUACAUUUUGGGAGGGGGUAAAGGAAGUUGUUGCUUUCAUGGAGCCACUUAUUCGUAUUCUUCGCCUUGCUGAUUCAGAUGGUUCUACUGUAGGUUACUUAUAUGAAGCAGCAGAAAGGGCAAAAGAAACAUUGAGAAAAUUUGUGGAGAAUGAUGGAGGGAAGUAUUUAAUCAUAAUGGAUUUGUUUUAA